AUGGCUUCUCGUCUAGACCAGUUGGUGAAGGGAGCACCGGCGCCAGAUGCACAUGUGCCAUUCGAUGACUCCCCUGCGCCUUUGCCCAAGUCCUUUCUCCAGGGCGCGCCUGAUUCACGGCCGACAACCCCAGACCCGCUCUCUACCUUGCCCUCCUCGCCGCCGCAGAUAUACUUGAACCUGCUCAUACUCGAAAGCUCGUUGCGUGCACAAUAUCUUGCAUUGCGAGAGCGUCGCCGUCAGAAUACCUUCUUUCUCCUGCUCCUGACGUUAUGGAUUGCUUAUUUUUUCUAUGCGUUAUUUAUGCGGCCUCGAGAGGAUGGUAGCGGUGUUGGAGGCUCAAUAUAUUGGAUGGUGGAGACGGGAGAGAAAGUGGCCUUCAUGGGCGGCAUUGUCACCGGUAUUCUGGUCUGGGGGACCGGGCAAUGGGAACGGGGAAUGCGAUGGCCACGGCGCUGGUUCGCCGUCGCAAAUCGAGGCUUACGAGGCAUGAACACCAAAAUAGUUUUAAUCCGCGGUCCGUGGUGGAAAGAGCUUUUGUCAUUGCUCUCUUUUAUUUUCCCAUACUCCUCGCUAUUUCAGUCGUCAAAGAACUUCCAGUACGUGGAGCUGCCUUCAUCCGAGAGACGUGGCAGCAGACAUCUAUACUCCGUGCACGAUAGUGACAGUGACUCGGGUUAUAUCGAAGAGGAUUUGGCUCCCGGGGGGGACUACAUUCGCCUGUUGCUUUUGCCCAAAGCCUUUUCUCCCGAGUUUCGCGAGAACUGGGACGAAUACCGUGCAGAUUAUUGGGAAAAGGAAAACGAGAGACGCACGCAACUUCGUCGUAAAGUUCAGGAUCGCGAACGGCAGCGAGCCCGUCAAGAAGGCGGCUGGCUGUGGUGGCUGCCCUUCAGGUGGUCACGUCCGCGAAGAAACAGGGCAGAGCAGCAACACCACCGGCAGAUGUCAAGCAUUGCGAAGAUACACGAAGGACGGCCUCGCCGUAAUACACGCUCUAACUCGCAGUCUCUCCAUAAUCGGGGUUUGUCUCGUAGCUCAACCCCCGAGAGUGGUGUGGCGAGUGGUGCAACAACGCCAGCAGAGGCACCAAUUCAUAAGCGCAAAAAGAGUAUGAGACCAUCGAGUUCACGAGGCCUAUCGCCUCUAUCUCCUCAGAUUUCAAAACGGGACUCUACAGUAUCAAUGUCCUCCACAGCCUCCGAUGACUCCUUCUUGCCGGGUUCCAAGCAUAAGCUCAAUGCAGCCGCAGAAGCUUGA